AGCAGUUUCCGGCUCCCGGCUGAAACUAUUUUUUCAUCUCCUCGGGCGGUGUGUUGUUAGCCUUUCCGCGGAGACCCGGAGCUCUCCUCUGGCUGUUGGAGGCAAGAAACAAAAGAGCGAGCAUAUUUUUCUCUUGAAAUCCCUUGCAUAGCCAGCAGCUUGCGUUUUAUUUUUUGACAUCUUGUUAAAAAUUUAGUAGAGAGUUGGAAGACUGAAAUCUUAAUUUAUUGCGAAGAGUCUUUUGAUUUGGGGUUUUGUUCCCGGUUUCUAACUCUUAAGCCAACCCAGCCCGAUCAUGGUGAUGUUCAAGAAGAUCAAGUCUUUUGAAGUGGUCUUCAACGACCCUGAAAAGGUGUACGGCAGUGGGGAGAAGGUGGCUGGCCGGGUGAUAGUGGAGGUCUGUGAAGUCACUCGAGUCAAAGCUGUCAGGAUCCUGGCUUGCGGAGUGGCCAAAGUCCUCUGGAUGCAGGGAUCCCAGCAGUGCAAACAGACCUUGGACUACCUGCGCUACGAAGACACGCUUCUCCUGGACGACCAGCCAACAGGUGAGAAUGAGAUGGUGAUCAUGAGACCUGGAAACAAAUAUGAAUACAAGUUCGGCUUUGAGCUUCCUGAAGGGCCUCUGGGAACAUCUUUCAAAGGAAAAUAUGGGUGUGUAGACUACUGGGUGAAGGCUUUUCUUGAUCGCCCCAGCCAGCCAACUCAAGAGACAAAGAAAAACUUUGAAGUGAUGGAUCUAGUCGAUGUCAACACCCCCGAUUUAAUGGCACCUGUGUCUGCUAAAAAGGAGAAGAAAGUUUCCUGCAUGUUCAUUCCUGAUGGCCGGGUGUCUGUCUCUGCCCGAAUUGACAGAAAAGGAUUCUGUGAAGGUGAUGAGAUUUCCAUACAUGCUGACUUUGAGAAUACAUGUUCCCGCAUUGUGAUUCCCAAAGCUGCCAUUGUAGCCCGCCACACUUACCUUGCCAAUGGCCAAACCAAGGUGCUGACGCAGAAGUUGUCAUCGGUCAGAGGCAAUCACAUUAUCUCAGGAACCUGUGCAUCAUGGCGUGGCAAGAGCCUUCGGGUGCAGAAGAUCAGGCCUUCUAUCCUGGGCUGCAACAUCCUUCGAGUUGAAUACUCCUUACUGAUCUAUGUUAGCGUCCCUGGCUCCAAGAAAGUCAUUCUUGACCUGCCCCUGGUAAUCGGCGGCAGGUCAGGCCUCAGCAGCCGGACAUCCAGCAUGGCCAGCCGAACCAGCUCUGAGAUGAGUUGGGUAGAUCUGAACAUCCCUGAUACCCCAGAAGCUCCUCCUUGCUAUAUGGAUAUCAUUCCUGAAGAUCACCGAUUGGAGAGCCCCACCACUCCUCUGCUUGAUGACACAGAUGGUUCUCAAGAUAGCCCUAUUUUUAUGUAUGCUCCUGAGUUCAAGUUCAUGCCACCACCUACUUACACUGAGGUGGAUCCCUGCAUCCUGAACAACAAUGUGCAGUGAGCACGUGGAAGAAAAGAAGCAGCUGUACUUACUUGUUUCUUUCCACCUCUCUUCCUGGACACUGACUUUUUUAGGGACUCAACGGUCUCUACAGUGGGGUAGGGGUCCACCCCAGCCUCUGGUUCUCCAGUGUAGGAGGUGAUCAGCGGGCAAUCUCCUGGGCCUUGAAGGGUGCGCACUUGUCCUCGGCCAGCAAGAUGUUGUGAUAUGGGUGGUGGUGUUUUUUUUCCUGGAUGGGCCUAAAGACAUCUAGAAAAAUUCAGGCCCAUUCCAUUUUCUCAGAUCUUUUUAAAAAUUGAGGCAUUUUCAGUAGUUUUGAAUCAGGGGUAGAAAUGGCCUCCUGGCAUCGUCUUCCCAAGGUUUUAUGGAGGGGAUUAUAGGUUGUUACAACAAUAUCAGAUCUUAAAACUGCCAUGUGGAGCAGAGCCAAUUUAGCAAACUAGGAAAAUGAAAAGGAAAAAAGCCAUGGUCAAAACUUUGGGAAAAGGGUGUUCUUAAAGUCAUUGUUCCCCUUUGUACACUUAGAGAAAAAAGAAAAAACCUUCCAUAGCUGAUUUGAUUUAGACUUUGGAGCGAGCUUUCCAUGUGAAUUAAAGGGAAGAAGCUCUAAAGUUGUCUUCGUUUAGGAAGUAUUUUAAUCUGGCUUAAAGCAGAAGUAACUAUGCCCUACCAAAGGUCUUAAAGCCAUUUUUAGAGCCUAUUGCACUGUGUUCUCCUGUUGCAAACAUUUUCAUGUGGGAGAAUGUGUGUUUCUUUUCAUGUGACUCCUUGGAAUUGAUUCUGAGGUGAUGUUCUUAGCACUUUAGUUUGUAUCAAAUUUGGGUGGUGUUUUUUUCCUAUCUCAGAUGUAAGCUAAAACUGGUCUACUAUGUCUCCAGGGGUAAGCACAAUGACAAAAAAAAAGUGUUGUUCAUUACUUUUGAGACUUUGUCCCAGUGUACCGAAUUCUGCAAUUCUGACACUCUAAUUGUAUGAGAAGGGUUGCUGCUAUCAGCCUUGCUCACUGUGACUUCUCCAAACCCAAGGAGGAACUCGAGAUCAGAAUGCCCCAGUACUGUGAUCAGAGCAUCCAGGUGUUGCCAUGAGAAACUAGAGGGCAGAUUUCCACACCAGCCCCCAGGGCUCCCUUCCUGCCCAGUGUUGGGAGACGGGGACGCUGACAGCCUCUCUUCCACUGCAGCCCCUAGCACUCGGCAGUCACCCUCAGCCUUAGCACUUUGUUCGCUGUCCUGUGUCAGAGCACUGAGCUCUACCCUCUUCAGAGAAAGUAUGUGGGCUGAAGCUGGUUUCACUUUUUUUGUUUUUUAAUUGUGUAUCUUUUUGUAUGACAAAGACUAUAUUUUGUACUUAACCAGAUAUAUUUUUCACCCCAGAUGGGAAUAUUCUUUGUAAAAAAAUAAAAUAAAAAUAAUUUUUUAAUGGCAAAA